AUGGCAACACCAACAGAGUUGGUGGAAGCGUUGGAGGAGCUGGGAGACAGCGAGCUAAAAGAUUUUAAGGAGAUGGAAACGAAGGAUCAGGUGGAAAGUUUAUCCAGCACUGACUUAGGACCUGAAGAUGUAAGAUGCAUGCCAGCAGCUCCGCCUCCACAACCUGAAACAUCGUACCAAGUCACACUGCAGUCUGAGCUCCAGAACAUCUUCAGGUGUGCUCAGGAGGGCCUCGAGAAGCAGAAUGAGGAACGUUUGUAUGCCGUGACCCCAGAGCUGUUUAUUACAGAGAGACCGACCACAGACUCCUGUUCACAAGAAGAGGUCAGACUGGCUGACCUCGAGUCAGAGAGGGUGGUUAAACCCAGUGACCUCUUCCAACUGUUUUCUAGUGAGGGCACUGCUGUGAGGACAGUGCUGACCAGCGGGAUAGCGGGAAUUGGCAAAUCAUCCAUUGUUAAGAGGUUUAUGUUGGACUGGGCUGAAAAAAGAACCAAUCAAGACUUACAUCUGAUCUUCCCCUUUGACUGUCAGCAGAUGGGUUUAUGGAAAGGAGAAACAUUUAGCCUGGCAGAGCUCAUCCAUACAUGUAUCCCAUAUUUUUCAGCCAGUGGUAUCAAAGAAGAAACUUUAAAUGACAUUUUCACAAGUUUACAGAACUCCAGAGACACAAGUGAGUUCAGACUUCUGUUUGUGUUUGAUGGAUUGGAUCAAAGUUGCCUUCAGCUCGACUUCACAGGAAAAACAGAGAAGUCUAUCGAUGUGACAAAGUCAGCCGGAGUAGAAGUGCUUCUGACCAACCUCAUCAGGGGCAAACUGCUUCCCUCUGCUCGCCUCUGGAUAACCACACAACCUGCAGCAGCCAAUCGAAUUCCCCCUCAGUACGUUCACAGAGUGACGGAGGUCAGAGGGUUCACUGACCCUCAGAAGGAGGACUACUUCAGAAAGAGAUUCCAAGAUGGGGAGCAGGCCAACAGGAUGGUCGCCCACAUCAACACAUCCCAAGGACUACACAUCAUGUGCCACAUCCCAGUCUUCUGCUGGAUCACAGCUGCAGUUCUGGAGGAUGUGCUGAAAACCAGUGAGCGAGGAGAGCUGCCCAAGACCCUGACUGAGAUGUACAUCCACUUCCUGAUGGUUGAGAUUAACCACACAAAGCAGAAGCAUGUCCCAGAAAAGUGCAUUCGGUACAUUAUGUCAUUGGCUGAACUAGCUUUUCACCAGCUGCUGAGAGGAAACGCCAUCUUUACUGAGGAGGAGCUGAGCUGCAGUGGCAUUCAUGUCAGAGCAGCAUCAAAGUAUGCAGGACUGUUCACAAAGAUCUUCAAGCAGGUUUGUGGACAAAGGAAGGAACAGGACCAGAAGAAUAUCUUUAGCUUUACUCACCAAAGCAUUCAUCAGUUUCUAGCUGCAGUUUACGUGACCAUAUCACUGUUUAGCUACAACAGAAAUGUGAUGCCUGUCCCCCGACUCACCGUGCAAAGUCUGUUCAUGUGUUUCAGUAAAUCGAACUCUUCUACGGCUCUGAAUAUCCAAAAAAAUGCAGUCAAGACAGCGUUAAAGAGCCCAAAUGGUCACCUGGAUUUGUUUGCCCGCUUUCUCCUCGGUCUGUCAUUGCAGACCAAUCAGACUCUCCUACAAGACCUGCUGACACAAACAAGAAGUAGCUCACAUAACAAUCAGAAAGCAAUCCUGUAUGUGAAGAAGAGGAUCAGGAAGAAUCCUGGUCCAGAACAAUGCAUCCUGCUGUUCCACUGCCUGAAUGAACUGAAUGAUCGUUCUCUGGUGGAGGAGAUCCAACGAUACCUGAGUUCAGGAAGUCUCUGCAAAGAUAAACUGUCUCCCAGCCAGUGGUCGACACUUCUCUUCAUCUUACUGUCAUCAGAAAAAAAUCUGGAUGUGUUUGACCUGAAGAAAUACUGUGCUUCAGAGGAGGCUCUUCUGAGGCUGCUGCCAGUGGUCAGAACCUCUAAAAAAAUUCUGCUGAGUGGCUGCAAGCUGUCAUGGAGAAGCUGUGAAGCUUUGUCUUCAGUUCUCAGCUCCCAGUCCUCCAGUUUGAGAGAGCUGGAUAUGAGUAACAACGAUCUUCAGGAUUCAGGAGUGACAUUGCUGUCCACUGGACUGCGGAGUCCACACUGUAUACUUGAGAUUCUUAAGCUGUCAGGCUGCAUGGUCACAGAGGAAGGCUGUGCUUCUCUGGCCUCGGCUCUAAGCACCAACCCUUCACAUAUGAGAGAGCUGGACCUUAGCUACAAUCAUCCAGGUGACACAGGAGCAGAUAUGCUGUCUGCUCGACUGAAUGAUCCAAACUGCAGACUGGAUACUCUCAGAUUGGAUCAUGGUGGAGAACAGAGGCUGAAACCGGGCUUAAAGAAGUAUGCCUGCGAGCUGCAGAUAGACCCAAACACAGUAAGCCGAGCCCUCAGAUUGUCCCACAACAACGUGACGGUGACAGCGUCAGACUUUCAGUUAUAUCCGAAUCAUCCAGACAGGUUUGACAGUUGGCCCCAGCUUCUGUGUAAAAAUGAACUGAGCGGUCGCUGUUACUGGGAGGUGGAGUGGAGGGGACUAGUGGACAUAUGUGUGAGUUACAGAGGAAUCAAAAGAAAAGGCAACAGCCCUCGAAGCAGGUUUGGAGGAAACGAUCAGUCUUGGAGUCUGAGCUGCUUUCUUGACCGCUACGCUGUCUGCCACAACAACCAAGGGAAAGAGAUGUACUUCCCUUCCUCAUCCUCAUCCUCUUUCUCUAAGAGAAUAGCAGUGUAUGUAGACUAUCCUGCCGGCGUGGUGUCCUUCUACAGAGUCUCCUGUGACAGUCUGAUCCACCUUCACACCUUCAACACCACCUUCACCGAGCCUUUGUAUGCAGGCUUUGGCUGUGACUCCAGGCUGGGCUUUAACCUGAUGUUUAACAUCCAGUCCUCAGUGUCUCUGUGCAAGCUGUAGGAGGAUGAGUGUAAAUGAUGAGUAUGAAUCAGUCAAGUUUGUGCACUUUAAGC